GCAAGAAGCUAAAGUUGUUUUCACCCCCUUUGUUCUUUUUAUCGAUGUGUAGCUUUUCUGUGCACCCACAGAACAACUCUUCUUACCACCUUCUUCACCACGUGUUAGUGCACCUCCUGUAACGCCUCUAUUUACACCACUCUAAAACAAUGAUCAUUUCCCUCUAUUCUCCUCAUUCCCUUCUUCAGUUUUCUUUCCUUCCUCUUAAUUCCAAAUUUUCCUUUGAUGGGUUGUUCCCAUUUCUUGAAAAUCACAGCUUAACAUGUUAAACUAAGCUAAUUUUGUACUACAUAUUUUUGUCAUCAUUAAAAUCUUGAGUUAAUUUUAAUGGCUUCAAUUUUGAGGUUUCGUAAGUUGUGUUUAGUUGAGCCAGUGAGGUGUUCUUCUGUUAGUGUUCAAUCAUUUGAAAAACCCAAAAAUGAUGAUAAAAAAUCAAUUCUUGAACCACCCCAAAAAGCAGAAAAUCUUGUUUCUACUAUUGAGAAAGUUUUAGAGAAACCAAAAUCCAAGAAAAUAAAAAAGCAGCCUAAAGAAUGGAGGUGUAUAGAUAGCUGCUGUUGGUUAAUUGGUUACUUAUGUACAACUUGGUGGUUGCUUUUGUUUUUGUGCAAUGUUUUGCCUGCAAAUUUGCUUGGACUUAAAGUUCCUGAAGCUCCUGGAGUUAGACUUAAACGUGAUGGAUUAAUUGCACUUCACCCUGUUGUUUUAGUACCUGGCAUUGUAACUGGUGGACUUGAACUUUGGGAAGGUAGGCCUUGUUCUGAAGGCUUAUUUAGAAAGAGACUUUGGGGUGGUAGUUUUACUGAAAUAUUCAAAAGGCCUUUAUGUUGGUUGGAGCAUCUAUCGUUGGAUAACGAAACGGGGCUUGAUCCUCCGGGGAUUCGAGUCCGAGCAGUACCAGGACUUGUAGCAGCUGAUUAUUUUGCACCUGGUUACUUUGUUUGGUCUGUUAUUAUUGAGAAUUUGGCAAAAAUUGGAUAUGAACAGAAGAAUAUGUAUAUGGCUGCUUAUGACUGGAGGCUAUCCUUCCAAAAUACAGAGAUUAGAGACCAAUCUCUGAGUAGGCUGAAGAGCAAAAUCGAGCUUAUGUAUGUAACAAAUGGAUACAAGAAAGUGGUAGUAGUGCCACAUUCAAUGGGAGUUAUCUAUUUCCUCCACUUCCUUAAAUGGGUUGAAGCACCCCCUCCAGUUGGAGGGGGUGGCGGAUCGGGUUGGUGUGCCAAACACAUCAAAGCUAUCAUGAAUAUCGGUCCAGCAUUUCUUGGCGUUCCGAAGGCUGUUGCUAAUAUAUUGUCUGCUGAGGGAAAAGAUGUCGCCUUUAUCAGAGCCAUGGCUCCUGGUUUGCUAGACUCGGAGACGUUUGGUUUCCAAACACUUCAACAUAUUAUGAGGGUUUCUCGAACAUGGGACUCCGUCGUUUCUUUGGUACCUAGAGGAGGAGAGACAAUAUGGGGUGACUUGAAUUGGUCUCCAGAAGUAGAAAACAUAUGUCAUAAAUCAAAGGCGCGACACCUGCAAUCUUCUUCAAAGGAAAGCAAUGGCAAUGACACCGAUUCUAGGAGGAGUUUCCAGGUGAAGGAGCUGCCGAAAUAUGGGCGAAUGGUUUCAUUUGGCAAGGAAGCAUUAGAAUUACCUUCUUCACAGCUCUCUAUUAUUGAUUCAAAGGAAUUUGUGCGUAAGAGUACAUCCAGAAAUUCCAAUACAUGUGGAGAAGUAUUGACAGAGUAUGACGAGAUGAGUCGCAAAAGCAUCAAGAAAGUUGCUGAGAAUCAAGCAUAUACUGCAACAACUUUGUUAGAUCUUCUUCGAUUUGUGGCACCGAAAAUGAUGAAGCGUGCCGAGGCUCACCUCUCUCAUGGAAUAGCAGAAGAUCUUGAUGAUCCAAAGUAUACUCAUCACAAGUACUGGUCAAAUCCACUUGAAACAAAGUUGCCUGAUGCUCCAGAUAUGGAGAUAUACUGUUCAUAUGGAGUGGGAAUUCCCACUGAGAGAUCAUAUGUCUACAAGCUGUCAUCUUCCAAUAAAUGCAAGAGCAUUCCUCUUCAAAUCGAUAGCUCUGCAGACGAUAGUGGCAACGGCUGCUUGAAGGGCGGAGUACAUUUUGUUGAUGGUGACGAGAGUGUACCAGUUGUGAGCGCUGGCUUCAUGUGCGCGAAAGGGUGGAGAGGCAAGACGCGUUUCAACCCGUCGGGCAUCUCAACAUACAUAAGAGAAUACCAGCACAAGGCACCGGCAAGUCUGCUAGAAGGGAGAGGCACGGAGAGUGGCGCUCAUGUUGACAUUAUGGGAAAUGUUGCCUUAAUCGAGGAUGUUCUUCGGGUUGCUGCUGGUGCCACUGGUGCAGAGUUGGGUGGCGAUAGAAUCUAUUCGGAGAUCAUGAAAAUGUCAGAGAGGACAAAUAUUCGGCUUUAACUGCAACAAUGCGAUUUUGAUAUAGGAUUGAGAUGAGAGUAGAGCACCAAAAACGACUACUAAACUGCGGGACACUGACUCAGAAAAUGACUGGAGAGAUAUUUGACAAGAAUGACUAGAGAAAAGACUUAAGGAGGAAUAAGGACAAACUAAAUAUGGGAUGAGCAAAAUGGGGCUAGCUAGAUGGGGGACCUUUUGCAUUGAUUGUAAGUUUCUAACUGAAAAAGGAAAAAGAGAGUAGCAUUUCUCACUUUUGUAAUCUACAAGAAUAAACUAUCACCUUGUGUAAUCAAGUUGAAUAAGAUUCUUGCCUGU